UUUUUUUUUGCGGCUCGCUCAUCCUUUUACUACAAAACACAAGUGACAUCUGUAAGCUUUAGCCAGAUUCGUGUGUGAGGCUGUUUUUAAUCUGAAGGAAUUAUUGUUUGUUUCUGUUCACGGAAAUGGGGAAAAAACGCAAAAUUGGUGGUAAAAGAUUUAGAAAUCGAGAUGGUAUGAACAAGGACAUGAUCAGUGAGUUACCUGAAGCUUUGCUCCUGCAUAUAUUGUCUUAUGCUCCGACAAAAGAUGUCAUAGCAACGAGUGUUUUGUCUAAACGGUGGAGAUCUGUUUGGAAGAUGGUGCCAAAGCUCAGUUUUGAAACUGACGUUGACCAUUUCUCUUUAGAGGAUGUUUACAGGUUGCUGAUUUUGCAUAAAGCUCCGUUUCUGGAAAGUUUGCAUCUGGACAUUGAAGAUAAAAAAGGUCGUUUCGAUAUUGGAAUCUUGAUCGCAAUUGCAUUUUCACACCACGUGCAUGAAUUAGUGUUGGAUCACUACCGUGAUAAUCAGAAGACAGUAAGGUUUCCGAGUCUAUUAUGUAGCUACAACAAUACACUUGAGGUAUUAAAGCUCACCCAGCACGUUCUUUUACACUUUCCUUCUCGGGUCUGUUUCGACGCCCUUAGAGAGCUGCAUCUUUACUACGUGGAAUUCAAAGAUGAAGCAUCUGUUUGCAACUUUUUAUCUGGCUGCCCUAGGCUUCAAGAUUUGGUUGUGGAACGACAUAGCAAUUUCGAUGUGGAGACUUACACUAUUUCGGUGCCAUCACUACAGAGGCUAACCAUAAAAGAGGAUUAUAGUAGCACAGAUGUAGGUGGUGGCGGCUAUGUGAUAAAUGCGCCAACUUUGAAAUACUUGAACAUCGAAGGCCUCUAUUUUAUUGACUUUUGUCUGAUUGAGAAUGCGCCAGAGCUUGUGGAAGCAAAUAUCAAAGAUGUUUCUCAUAUAGCCAAUGAGAAUAUUCUUGCAUCUCUAACUUCAGCCAAGCGUCUUUCCUUUCACUUAGCCUUAGAGAUUAAGUAUCCUACCGGUAUCAUCUUCUUUCAGCUGAUAUCGUUGGAGCUGCUUAUAGAUAAAAUAAUUGGGUGGAAUCUACUUUCGUUCAUGCUCGAUAGCUCUCCUAAGUUGCAAUCCCUCAAACUCAACACCCCAUAUAAAGAUUGUCCGGUGGGAUGGGAAUGGAAUCAGCCAAAUUGUGUACCAGAAUGUAUGUUGCUCCAUCUGGAGACAUUGGUGUGGACAAGAUACAAAGGGCAACGAGAAGAUGAGAAACAAGUGGCCACAUACAUUCUCAAGAAUGCUAGACAGUUGAAGAAAGCAACUUUCCCUCAAACAUACAUCGAACCGAAUGAGCUGGAAAAGAGGCGAGACAUGCAAAACGAGUUGGCUAGUGUGGUCAGAGCGUCAGUGUCAUGUCACCUUGUGUUCUAACCAGAUGAUCUCUAGAAUGUUUACUGCUGUUAGAUGGGAAAUUCUCAACUAGUGGAUUCUUAAGGGAAUGACUGUUGUGACAUCUAUUUAAGCUUUGGUAAUUUAGAAAGGGAACUGAGGCUAUUAAAACAAUUUUAUUUUUCUUCUUUAUUAUUUUCUCAAGUUAUUAGGAACAAUUUUCCUUCGGAUAUUUAAACCUUUUUUGAUAAUUAUACAAUUUCUUAUCUU